AUGUCUAACUCUAUUUCAAUCCAAAAAAGAAGUCUAAAUCAUGAAAAUUUUCAAGAAAACAAACUUAAAAACUUCUUUGAGGAAAAGUUAAAUAUUUCCGUUGAACCUACUAAUCGAGAUUUAUUAAUUUCUAAAGCAGAAAAACAGUUUUUUGAUAAUAUCUCUACUACCCAAAUAACUAACACUUUGAUUUUAACGGCGACCAGUUUAAUCGAAAAAGACCCAAUCUUUGAUAAAAUUGCUACUCAAUUGUUGCUCCAAAAAACCUAUCGAAAGGUUUUUCAAAAAAAAGUCAAUUCUAAUAAUUUUCGAGAACUUUAUCAACAGUCCUUUAUCAAUAGUUUAAAAAUAAUGGUGGAAAAAAAGAAAAAAAAUGCCGAUCCUAAAUUAUUGGAAUUUGAUUUAGAGAAAUUGAGUCAAGAAUUAGUUUUAGAAAGAGAUAAUCUAUUUAAUUAUAUAGGGUUGGAAGUGGUUUAUAGUCGUUAUCUUUGA